AUGUCCAACACCAAUUAUCCAAGGGAGGUGUUCUUUUUCAACCCUUUUGGUAGCACCAAGAGGAAUAACAGGAUAGAAGUUUCUGAUUGGCCUACUUGCCAUAUCAUAGCAUUAACUUUUCCGUUUCCGCCAACGAGCUCAGAUUGGUCUGUGUUUGGAAUCUUUCAUUGUGUUCAAUAUCCAGACAAAUUCACUGUUGGGCGCAUUGAGAAUGGGAAAAAGCCGUAUUGGACCUUUCAUUUUUUCUCAAACCCUUAUAAGUUUCAAGUUUGUAGUAAUACCCUAGCUUACCACAAUGACCGAUACUAUUGCUUAGAUAUGAAGGGACGUCUAGCUAUAUUCUUCAAAGAUCCCGAUGGAAUUGAAAUGAAAGUAACAUGGAUUGAUGAAUCUACAGGCAUCAGAUUUAUAGGUUUGAAAUCGAGAUUGCUGAAUCGGAGCUUCUUAGCGCCCGGAGAUGAUGGAGAAAUUUUUGCAGCAGUUAUUAGCCAUCGUGAUCCCGAAGUUCCAGUUUACAAGUUCGACUAUUUACAAACUAUGUGGAUUCCAGUCGAAAACCUAAGAGAUACGAUGCUCUUUGUUAGCGAAAUUGCGUCUUUCGUGGCAAAAGCACCUAUCUGCUCACAUAUGGGUAACAAGAUUUAUUUUCCGAAAUUUUAUCGCAAAAAUGGCGUGUUCUAUUCCUUACACACCAAGAAAUAUCACUUGUAUAAUGGUCGGUUUGUUGAUGAGAAACCAUACAGGUUAGACAAUAUGGCUAUGGGGACUUGGAUCCAACCAUCUUGUCUUGUUUAA